CCUAUAUUCCACCAAUGGAUCUCUGCUUGGCUACUAUGCGAUCGGGGUAACUUUCGCACGAUGAUUUCAAGAUGGACUAAUGAGUGCGUAUCCCUUGGUCUGGAACGCUAUAUAGAUGUGACCCCAACUUUCAAGAAGCAAAGAUGAGGCUGCUCGGCUCGUGCAGUGAAGUAUAUCGCGGACUGCCAAGUACCAGUCAGAAUGGCGCCUUCCAUUGCAGCCUCAUUGCUAAGCCUCAUCGCUCUCGGUCUACCAAUAGCAAGUGCCGGGUGUAUUCCUCACGAGGACAAGUCCCAUUUCAACUGGGGUGAUAUAGAAUAUCUGAUUGCUUUUGGUGAUUCGUACACCUUUGUGCAAGGAACUUAUGGCUACCCUAACUACAGCUUUAUCGGGAACUACCUCCCUGGCGAACUGUCAUUUACGCCAACCGAGCUACUCACCAACCGCAUAGUGCAGAACUUCACAGGUACAGCCGAGGGCGGUCCAAACUGGGUCGAAUACUUGACCAACUGUGCCGUGGAACCUGGCGAGCACCUGCCCUCGGAUUGUGACGUGCAGCUUUGGGACUUUGCCUUCGCGGGCGCUGACAUCGCCGAAGAGUUUCUUCCACUGCACCAUAACUACACCACGCCCCUGGUCAACCAGACGGCACAGUACCUGACUUGGGCAGAGCCGGUUCUGGGUCCGCGGAUCGGCGAUAAGCGCAAGAAGGCACUGGUUGCGAUUUGGAUCGGUAUAAAUGACGUCAACGACUCCCAAAGCAAAAAGCCUACUAAUAUCUCGUUCGCCGACUUCUGGGAGGCAGAGGUCAACGCCGUCUUCGAUCAAUCGGUAACGCCCUUGUUCCACGCCGGGUACAGAAACUUCUUGUUUGUCAACUUGCCGCCCCUAGACCGGACAGCAGCGAACCAGGCAAAGGCGACACCUAGUCCGAGUAAGGAGCAGAUCGAUCUAUGGGAUGGCAUCUUGGCAAAUCACACUCAGGAUUUUGCUGAUGAACAUGACACCGUCAAGGCCAUGGUUUAUGAUGCCAACACCUUUUUGAACGCGGUCAUGGACAAUCCUGGACAGUACGGCAUCACCAACUUGACAUACUGCCCCGAUUACGCGCAGCUAGAGGCCGCGACGAACCCGGGGAAAUAUGGAUGCCUUGAUCUUGAUGAAUAUUUUUGGUACAAUUCUGGCCACCUGGCUUCCCACACGCAUAAAAUUUUGGUACCAGACAUUGCAAAUUUCUUGGAGUCACAAUCAGCCCAUUGAUCGAUGAAUAAUCAGAUUGGUAUCUAAAGAUUGUUUAUAGAGUAGUGAGAAUAUAUUCCAACUUCAUAACCUUGCCAUGUCUGAAUC